GAAGUGGGAUUGGGGCACGAGAGAGCGCGAGGGAGGGGGUCACGGGUGGAUGGUAACUGCCGCUCUAACAGGGGGAUUUGCACUUUCACCAGGAGAUAUGAUACUCAGGAGAAGUCUCAACCUGCUGCCCAUUUUAUUACUUUGCUCCUCAGCGCUACCUCAAGAUGGUGAGGUUACAAUGGAUGACGACACAACGUUUGACCUGUUUGAUAUUAGCGGUAUCACGCGCAAGACUCUGGGCGCCAAGCAAUUCCGCGGCCAAGACACGGACAACCCCGCUUACCGCUUCAUCCGCUUCGACCAUUUGCCCUCUGUGAGCGCGCCCGUGCUCAAACAGAUGCUUCUGCAAAUCCAGAACAACGAGGGCUUCGUGUUCGUGGCCAGCAUGCGCCAGGACCGCGGCUCGCGGGGAACCCUCAUCGCAUUGGAAGGCGCCAACGGCCAGCGGCAGUUUGAAAUCGUCUCCAACGGUCGUGCCAACACGCUGGACCUUGUCUACUGGGUGGACGGCUCUCAAAAUGUUGUCUCCUUCGAGGAUGUUGACCUGUCUGACUCGCAGUGGAAGAAUAUCACACUUCAUGUUCAUGGCGAAAAUGCAAAUCUGUUUGUGGGCUGCAGUCUCAUCGACAGCUUCAUCUUGGAUGAGCCUUUCUACGAGCACCUGCAGGCAGAGGAUAGCCGAAUGUUCGUCGCCAAGGGAUCCAUCCGCGAAAACCACUUCAGGGGCUUACUGCAGAAUGUUCGCUUCAUGUUCGACACAUCCGUGGAUGAUGUUCUGAGGAACAAAGGCUGUGAAGUCACUAAGGCUGACGAGGCCAACGUGGUGGUGAGUGAGAGCACAGAUAUGGAGGGUGUUAGUCCCUCCACAGCCAUCACCACUAACUUCAUCGGCCAAAAGACAGAGAAGCUGGGAGCAGAUAUGUGUGAACGAUCCUGUGAGGAACUCAGCACCAUGUUCCAGGAGCUCAAAGGACUGCGGGUUGUAGUGGGGAACCUCAUUGACGGCCUGCAGAAAGUGACAGAGGAGAACACAGUAAUGAAGGAUGCUUUGGGGAAGAUGAAGAACUCCAAGGAGAAACACAUGUGUUGGCAGGACGGACGGCUGUUUGAAGAUAAGGAGGACUGGGUGGUGGACAGCUGCACCACGUGUACCUGUCAGGACUCAAAGAUCGUGUGUCACCAAAUCACUUGUCCUCCUGUGGCCUGUGCUAGCCCCUCCUUCAUCGACGGAGAGUGUUGCCCUGUGUGUCUGUCUAAGGACAGUGAGGACGGCUGGUCCCCCUGGUCGGAGUGGACAGAGUGUACUGUCACCUGUGGGACAGGUACUCAACAGAGGGGACGCUCAUGUGAUGCCACCAGUAACACCUGCUCCGGACCAUCCAUCCAGACCAGGAAAUGCAGCCUGGGAAAAUGUGACAGCCGAGUUCGUCAGAACGGUGGGUGGAGCCUGUGGUCUCCCUGGUCAUCAUGCUCAGUGACGUGUGGUGAGGGCCAGAUCACCAGGAUACGCCACUGCAACGCACCCACACCACAACUGGGGGGCAAGGACUGUGAGGGCCAGGGGAGAGAGACACAGCGCUGUGAGGCCAAGCCCUGUCCCAUUGACGGUGGUUGGGGACCAUGGUCGCCUUGGGCGAUCUGCUCGGCAACCUGUGGGGGUGGAUUUAAGGGUCGGACCCGUGUCUGUAACAGCCCCGAACCCCAGUACGGAGGCAAGAAGUGCCCCGGGGAGACCAACGACAGGGAUGCCUGCAACAAACAAGAAUGCCCUAUCGACGGUUGUCUGUCUAACCCAUGCUUCGGAGGAGUGGACUGUAACAGUGCCCCCGACGGAUCCUGGGAGUGUGGGCCAUGCCCUCUCGGUUUCCGCGGCAAUGGAACCCACUGCGAAGACGUCAACGAGUGUGACAUGGUGUCUGACAUAUGCUUUAAAGCUGGUGGAGCAUCGCGUUGCAUCAACACAGACCCAGGGUUCCACUGUCUGUCCUGCCCACCCCGCUACAAGGGAACGCAGCCCUUCGGCAUGGGGGUGGAAGCUGCCAAGAAGAACAAGCAGGUCUGCGAGCCAGAGAACCCCUGCAAAGACAAGACCCACAACUGUCACCGGUCCUCAGAGUGUAUCUACAUCAGCCACUUUAGUGACCUGUACAAGUGUGAGUGCAUCGGCUACGCUGGUGAUGGCUUCAUCUGUGGAGAGGCAGACCUGGAUGGAUGGCCUAAUCAAGAACUGGUGUGUGGUGCCAACGCCACCUAUCACUGCAAAAAGGAUAACUGCCCCAACCUGCCUAACUCUGGACAGGAAGAUUUUGACAAAGACGGUCAGGGAGACGCUUGUCGACAGGAUGAUGACAAUGAUGGAAUCGUGGAUGAAAGAGACAACUGUCCUCUCCUGUACAACCCCAGACAGUUUGACUUGAUGCAGGAUGAUGUGGGGGAUCGUUGUGACAACUGCCCCUACGAACACAACCCUGCCCAGAUCGACACCGACCACAACGGGGAAGGUGACGCCUGUGCUGUCGACAUUGAUGGAGAUGAAAUCCUAAACGAGCAAGACAACUGCCCGUACUUAUACAACAAUGACCAGAAGGACACUGACAUGGAUGGAGUCGGUGACCAGUGUGACAACUGUCCUCUGCUACACAACCCUGACCAGGCUGACACAGACAAUGARCUUGUAGGAGACCAGUGUGACAACAACCAGGAUAUCGAUGAAGACGGUCACCAGAAUAACCUGGACAACUGUCCUUACGUCGCCAACUCCAACCAGGCAGACCACGAUAAGGACGGCAAGGGGGACGCCUGUGACUUCGACGAUGACAAUGACGGUAUCCCUGACGAUAGGGACAACUGUAGAUUGACACCCAACAAAGAUCAACUGGACUCUGAUGGCGACGGUAGAGGCGACGCCUGCAAAGAUGACUUUGACAACGACAACAUCCCGGACUUCCUUGACGUGUGUCCUGAGAACAAUGCCGUCAGCGUCACAAACUUCCGGAAGUUUCAGAUGGUGCACCUGGACCCCAAGGGAACCACGCAGAUCGACCCCAACUGGGUGGUUAGGCAUCAGGGCAAGGAGCUGGUACAGACCGUCAACUCUGACCCUGGCAUCGCUGUUGGCUUUGAUGAGUUCAACGCGGUGGACUUCAGUGGUACGUUCUACGUGAACACGGACCGGGAUGACGACUAUGCUGGCUUUGUGUUCGGCUACCAGUCGAGCGGCCGCUUCUACGUGGUGAUGUGGAAGCAGAUCACUCAGACCUACUGGGAAGACAAACCCUCCAAGGCCUUUGGUAUCUCUGGUGUCUCUCUCAAGGUGGUCAACUCAACUACGGGCACAGGGGAGAACCUGAGAAACGCCCUGUGGCACACAGGCAACACAAAAAAUCAGGUGCGCACUCUGUGGCACGACCCAAAGAACAUUGGCUGGAAGGAUUACACAGCCUACAGGUGGCACCUCAUCCACAGACCCAAGACUGGAUUCAUCAGGGUUGUGGUCUAUGAAGGGAAACAGAUCUUGGCAGACUCAGGACCAGUGUACGACAAGACGUUUGCUGGAGGACGGUUAGGCCUGUUUGUCUUCUCCCAGGAACUGGUCUUCUUCUCUGAUCUCAAAUAUGAGUGUAGAGAUAAGCUGGAGUUUCCAACUGUGUUGUCCAUCAGAUAACUGAACAGCGUUGGAUGUGAAAACUUCAAAUGGCUAAAGACACUAAACCUCAUAACCUGAUCAUCAGCCUUUUGCUGAUUCGUUCAUCAUUUCAACCAAUGAAAUGGAGCUUCAGCUUCGCCCGACCAAAGUAUUUUUGCCUCUAACUUUCCAUUGAAGAGGCAGCCGAGGCCUUUUCCAGUUUUUCUGAGUGCCUUAUGUGAAAAGACAUAUCCUUGAGAAAUGAAAACCGAUGACAAAUGAAAAAGGUCUUGGCAAUGAUAAAAACUAAGUAACCGAUGUUGACAACAUAUUAUAGGGAUUAUUUGUACAACCACUUAUGUGCUUUACUCCGAUUUCUUCCAAACUUUCUACAGCUUUACAUUAACAAAAGUAAAUAUAAAAUUAUUGUUACUCGAUAAAUAUUGAUAUUGUUUGUGCUGGAAAAGAGAUCAACUUGAGACUAAGUACAAUGUACAAUAAAGGCGUCUAGGUUGCUUAGCAACUAAAGGUCUCUGUACUGACCUCAGCAGUUUCAGCCCUGCAGUGAAAAAUUGGAUCAAUUUUAAUAUUAACUGCCAAAUAUCCACCAAACUCUUAAUCAAUACCAAAGCACACUGAUGUACGUCGCUAACUUGAACAAAGUUCUUAUUUUUUGUAUUGUUUCUUAUACCACCCGGAAUGCAGUUUUGUUAAAAGGGUCUUCAGUUGCUCAUUUAAAGUGUUUGUCAAACUCUAAAAAGGUUGACCGUGAGACCGUCUUAUAGCAUUUUAAAGUACUUUGGGAUGAAGAUGUUUAUACUAAGUUUGUAUUAUAAUUUCUUCUGUAAAUUAUUAUCACGAGUUUAUGUCUUGCUGGUUUGUUUGUUUUGUUUGUUUGCUUUUUUGUUAGAGAUUGUAAAUAAUUUAUUUAUUUGUUUACACUGACGAAAUUUCACAAUUGAAGAUUGUUGGAUAUCAACAUCAAAAUUUAUCAAACAUCAAGAUAAAAAUACACUAUCACAAACUUUGUGUACUAUGCAGUGUUAUGCCAUGUGUUAUACUGAACUAAAAUUUUAAUAAACACAACAUGCAACAAUUUUA